ACAUAUUUUGUACCUUGGGGUGUUCUUAAAGGGGUUGGAUGUUUGCAAUCCGGUUUGGCAACUUGGAAUCCUACACUGUGCGUCUUCCGCCUUCUCUCCAAGGGUAGUGGAUGCACGCGUCGCAACGAUGUGGAUCAGCGUUGCAAUAUUUUGUGCAGCUUUGCUUGCACUAAUAUUAAAAUAUAUCUUUACCACGCCUGGGCCCAAUCCGUUUGAGAGGGAUAGCCGCGAACCGGUCAGAGAGAUCGUGCCCAGAAAGGAGAAAAACAAAGUGCUAAAGCAAGGUUUUGUUGCCAGUAAAGUUCCAGAAAACUUGGAUGCAGUGGUGAUUGGCAGUGGUAUUGGAGGACUGGGUAUCGCGGUGCUUUUGGCCAAAGUUGGAAAAAGAGUUCUGGUUCUGGAGCAGCACGAUCGGGCCGGGGGAUGCUGCCACACAUUCACUGAGAAAGGUUUCGAGUUUGACGUUGGUAAGAACUUGAAAGAGUAAAGGGCAAGUCUACAG